GGCGACAAGGUCUUCUCGCCAUUCUCCCUGUUUGCUCCCCUGUUUCCUAACUCUGUGAUUGCCUAUUUAUAUGAAACAGGGGAAGCCAUGGCUGGGCACAUAUGCUUCUGAUGGAAGUAAUCAUGGAGGAGGCCGGAGCUUUCUCUGGCUGCAGCUCCACCACCGCCGUCGGCGACCAUGCUAACUUCAUGUACGGCUGGAAUGAGUGGGAGACUGUUUCGGCUGAGGAAUGGGCCCUCUUGCCCUCCGCCGGCGUUGCCGACGACUUCCACGAGCUCGUCGAGGCCAUGAUGUUUUCCACCGGAGAUGGUGUGUUCGAAGGUCCCUCCACCGUUGGGCUCGAGUCAGUCUCGCAUACUGCGUCCUAUAACUCCAGCCCGAUCAGCAUGGCCUCGAGCGAGGACGAGGCCGCCGUGGUCAGCCGCGACGACAAGGGGGCGAGGCUGGUGGACCUGCUGGUUGCGGCGGCGGAGGCGCUCGAGGGCCCGCAAAAAUGCCCGGAGCUGGCUCGGGUGAUAUUGGUUCGGCUCAAGGAGUUGGUGUCUCAGGCCGCCGCCACCGGCGGAGCCACUAGCAUGGAGCGGCUGGCCGCGCACUUCACUGACGCGCUACAGGGACUUCUCGACGGCGACGUAGGGGGAGGCGGCCGGCGGAAAGGCUCCGUUCGGCACAGCGGGGACGCGCUCACGGCGUUCCAGCUGCUGCAGGACAUGUCGCCGUACGUCAAGUUUGGGCACUUCACGGCCAACCAGGCGAUCCUGGAGGCGAGCGCUGGCGAGCGACGCGUGCACAUCGUGGACUACGACAUCGCCGAGGGAGUGCAGUGGGCGUCUCUGAUGCAGGCCCUCGUCUCCCGCCCCGGCGGUGGCCCGCCGCCUCACCUACGCAUCACCGCCGUCUCGCGCGGCGGCGGAAGCCGUGCGGUGCAAGAGACCGGCCGGCGCCUCGCCGCCUUCGCUUCCUCCGUCGGACAGCCGUUCUCCUUCUCCCAAGUAAGGCUCGACCCCGACGGCGAGCGUUUCCGCCCGGCGGGCGUCAGGCUGGUGAAGGGCGAAGCGGUAGUGAUGAACUGCAUCCUCCCCCCGACGACCACCACGAGCAGCGGCUCCACGCAGUCCGUGGCGUCAUUCCUGUCGUGCGCGGCGGCGAUUGGAGCCAGGCUGGUGACCCUGGUGGAGGAGGAAGCAGAGGAAACGCCGGGAGAAGCAGAGCCGGUGGUCGAACAAAAAGGGAGCUUCGUGGGGCGGUUCAUGGGGGAGCUCCGCCGCUACUCGGCCAUGUGGGACUCCCUGGAGGCGGGGUUCCCGAUGCAGGAGCGUGCGCGGGGGGUGGUCGAGCGGGUGAUCCUGGGGCCGUGGAUCGCCGGCGCGGUGGGGCGGGCGUACAAGGAGGCGGUGAGCGGGGAGCAUAAGGAGGGCAGGUGGGGAGAGUGGAUGGCGGCGGCGGGGUUCGGCCGGGUGGAGAUGAGCUGCUUCAACCACAGCCAGGCCAAGCUCCUUCUAGGCCUCUUCAACGACGGCUACAGGGUGGAGGAGGAAGCCUGCAACAAGCUGGUGCUGGGGUGGAAGACCAGCAGACUGCUCUCUGCUUCAGUAUGGAAACCUCCACUUCCACCACCACCACCUCCUCCUCCAUGCCUCGAUUCCUCUCCUCUUCCUCUUCCUCUUCCUCUCGGUGCUUUUGAUAGCUAUGAGAUCUCUGAUUUCUUCUAUGAUUGAGUGAUUCAGUUCAGUUCGAUUGAAGUUGUUUGUGUACAUAUUCAACCUUCCUUCUCGUGUAUUGUUGGUUGCAUCAAUUUCUUGAGAA